AUGCAAGCCCCUGAUAUGAUGCUGGUGCACACCGUUCCUAUAUUUGACAAUGACCUUCGCUGUACACAUUCGCGGGACCCAACACGGUCGCAGAUGGUGGGCAAGCGCACUGCUGAUUCGCAGUGCACGUCUCCUGCAACAGACGCCGCGGAGACGGGUGUUUUGAUGGAGGCAGCGUGGACAGGCAAACACUCCCUCUUGCCACCAUCGACGGGCACGGUGCAGUCAACAACCUCCUCAUUGGUGGAGGUGGAGCAGGUUGCGUGGGUGGGUCUCAGAUUCUUGGCUGUGAAGACGCGGCAGCGGCAACUGCUGCUUGUUCGGUCUGGCCUCACCGAAAGCUCCAGCUCGCCGAGCUCGGAAGGUGACGACGACGCACAGUGUGCCGCACUUGAGGGACCUGACGGCCGCCAUCGCGACUCGAGCGCCGUGUGCGCGUCGUUUGCGCGCGUCACAGACUUCUGCACCGCAAGCACUGCUGGCAGGCGGACAAGCGCUCGUACGGAAUGCUCACCGGUGUCGGUGAUGAUCGUAGCGGGACUAAAAAGGGUUACCGGUGUGGUGUGCUGCGGCGGGGCGGGGCAGGCGGCGGAUCCAGCGCGAAAGGCGGCGUCACCGCAGCCAUCGCAGGUGAAUCGGCAGCCUCUACUGAAGGAGCACACGUGGAACAUUGGGCCCUUCAAUCGCGUGGCGGCGACGGCUCGCGAUGACGUCCAAGUGUACAUCUGUGCAACAUCGCUGCGCGGCAGCGUGGAGGUGUAUGCUUGGACGGUGCACAGUACCGGGGAGGACGCGGUGCCGGUGUGCGUGCACCAGGUUCUAAUGUCACCUGGACAUUUUUUCUACGGAAUCGCUGUUGCCGCUGCCGUGGCGCCGGCGCGCGAGACAGCAAAACAGGCGGUGCAGGACGUGAGCUUCUGGGUCAUGGGCGGUGAGUUUGCGGUAGCGCAGGAUGGUCGGACAGCGCUGAGCUGCGAUGCAGAGGGAACGAACUCGGCCCUGCCAGCGCUGCGGGGCCUUGACGGACGUGUGAUUCGGGUAAACUCAAAGUCACCGGAGCGUGCUGGGAAAAAUCCGAGCAGCGGCGCAUCUCAUGCAAGUUUGGCGGCAGGGAACGCCGCCCCUCGCACCUUGAAUUCCCUGUGGGUGGCGCCGUCGAAUGGUUCAGCACAAGCAUCAGACGGGAUUGCCCAGCACACCGCCGUUUCAGGUGGCGCAGACCCGGCCGUUUGGGGGGCUGCGCUUUCCGAACUCGAGGCCGUGUCGAGCCUCCGAAUAGAGGCUCCCUGCUUCCUGCCGCGGGAACGGAGAGGUGCGCUAAAGGACGACGGAGCCUACGUGCACACCAGGUCGGGCUGUGCGCUGACAAGGAGGUACGCUCUUCUCGUACACGCCUCUGCGAAACACGCAAGCAGCACCAACGAAGGUGCGCUCUCCAUGCCCGCUUCGUCCCCUCGAUGUGUCGAUGACGCGCAAACGGUAGCGUGGAGCAGUGCUGUCAUGUCACUGGACAGCGCCGACGGCGCUGCGGCGUUGGACUGGCUAGCUGGGGCGCCGACAGAGGCUGGUACACCACCGCCGUUUGGCCUUGCCUCUGUCGCACCCACCCUGGCGACAGAUGGCGAGCGUCGGGGGAGCAGCACCACCGUCGUACAGCAUAUGCACGGCCUCAUCCUUUUUACGCCCCGCCGUAUCCUGCAAUUCGGCGUGAGCCACCGGCGCGAGCCGACUGGUGACAGCAUCACGUGGCUCGGAUUCGAAGUGAACGGCACCUACGAGGUUCACCGACCGCAGCGCAUUGUCGGCCUAGCCCCUCUUCUCUCGCCCAAGGCCCCAGCGCCGCUUCUUUUCUUCUACGGCUCGGCUAGCAGCAUUAGGACAAACGGCGGUGGCAGCGGUGAGGAUACGCGGUCCUUGUACGGACAACAGAGACGGAAGUCGACGUGGGCUGACGUCGUGGAUAUUCAAGCGUCUCUGCUUCAUCGGCUCACGACGUGGAGCUCGCCGGCGACGGCGAAGGCGACGCUGCUGAGCAGCAGUGACGUGCAAACGCACCUCUGUGAAUCGGAACUCUUCGAAAAGGUGCAGGCGAUCGUCCAGGCAGAGGGCGCACGCAUCCAGCGUCAUUUAGAUGACCGCAUGGACCGAUUGGAAGCCAUACUGCAACGACUCUUUCGGCUUUGGGAAUAA